AUGGUGCUCUUAGUUACCUGCCCUUUAUGACCUACCAUGGUGCCCUCGGUGACGUUCCCUUUCUGACCCACCAUGGUGCCCUUUGUGACGCGCCCUUGGUGACCCCCCCGGCCACUGUAUAAAAGGCAACGGCUCAUACCCCUCGUGGCAGUGUCCGGCAGGACGGUGACGGGACAGAGCGGGAGCGCAAGACUGGUGCAGACCCCUGAGCGCAGCCCACAUUGCUCCCUGUUGCCCCAGCAGCCCCGCGGUGCCGAGACACUACUUGGAACAUUCUUCGUUCCCCACCCUAUACCUUUGUCUGACGAGGAUGGUGGAGGAACACGCUGCAUCCAUGCGGUUCGUCCAGACUUUUCUGGAGAGCUCAGUGAAGGAGGAGGCUCAGAAGAUCCAGUUCCUGCAGACCAUCUCCACCCUGAGCGAGGCUGCCAGAGAUGAGGGCUUCUCACAGGAACUGAAGGAGUUCUAUCACCGAUUUGAGGUGGCAGAGAACAUCGAGGAAUUGCUGGAAGAGGAGCCCAUGGACCACCUGCACACAGCCGUGCGGCAGGAAGCCAUGCUUGCCCUCGCCAAUAUGAGCAAAGUGGAGAUGGCACUGGGGGGCAUGAAGAAAAGCCUUUUAGAGGCCUGCUUCAGGAGUGUCUUCUUGCUUCCUCCUAAAACAGACAUGCAGGGCCUAGACAGCUCCCUCUACUUUGAUACCCUGGAUGCCAUGGACAUCUUGCUGAAGAGCUUGGUGCUCAGCUCCCCUGGCUGUGGGGAGCUGAAGAGUAUCUUGCAGAUGCUGCUGCCUUUCACUGACAUGAAGAAUGCAGCUGCGUGUGAAAGGGCCGUGGUGAGGAUUGGGAAGCUGGCCGAUUUGAUGGACAGCUCUUCCUCAGUGCAGGUCUGGAGCUUGCUUGGAGAUGACAACAGCUCUUCCCACGGCGACGCUAUCCAUGACCGCCUCCUGGGACAGCUGCUGGGACAUCUCAUUGUUUGCUGGACUAGCAAGAUCUGGGAGAUCCAGCGUGAGGCUUUGGAUGCUCUUCAUUACUUCUGCAGAUUCAUCCAUCAGGAAAAAUGUAAGAGAAGCUGUGUCGGGCUGCGUCCCUCCGCACACAGACAUCUCCUCAUAGUCCUGCUUGUUUCCCCGAGCAUUGCAGUGGAUUCUUUUUGUACUUGCUGGAGGAUGUCCAGGAAAGCCUGCCCUCUUCCCUCACCUCCUUUGGCCCUCACAGCUGCUUUCCCACAGCAUCCCAGCUAUCGUUUUGCUGCAGAAGCUGAAUGCUCACCACAAGUCCAGUCCUGUGCUGCUCUCCUUCCCACUCUUCUCAGGACCUCUCAGAACCCAGCUGUUCCAUGGUCCCCAUAGCCAAAGCCAUCAUUGAUGGUAAGCAAUGCUGUGUCCUAAUGACUCUUCUGUGAUCCCCUCUUG